GUAAAACGUGACGGUCUCACUCGCAGCAGACUGAGGAGCGACAGACCGAGGAGAGACAGACCGGUGGAGGACCCAGCUCUCUGACACAGACCACUGUCGGUAUUUCUGAUACAACUACUGCUGCAGUACUGACAGCUAGAAGUAACGCUAUGUCCACCUUCCGUACAAUCAUAUGUUUACUAAGAAACGACCUACGUUUCCAAGACAACGAGCUUUUUCACUGGGCUCAAAGAAAUGCAGAGUACAUUGUCCCACUGUACUGCUUCGACCCCCGACAUUAUGUGGGAACGUACAACUACAACCUACCAAAGACUGGACCUUUCCGCCUGCGCUUCUUACUGGACAGUAUCAGGGACCUCAGAAACACGUUGCUCAGCAAGGGCAGCAACCUCGUGGUGAGACAGGGUAAGCCAGAGGAGGUAGUUGCUGACCUCAUUAAGCAACUGGGGUCUGUCAGCGCUGUGGCUUUCCAUGAAGAGGUAACUUCGGAAGAACUGAAUGUGGAGAAAGGGGUGAAGGAUGUCUGUGCGCAGAUGAAAGUCAAAGUUCACACCUGCUGGGGGUCUACACUGUACCACAGGGAUGAUCUUCCAUUUCACCACAUAUCCAGGCUGCCCGAUGUGUACACCCAGUUCAGGAAGGCAGUGGAGACCCAGAGCAGGGUUAGGCCUGUGUUCCCAACCCCUGAGCAGCUAAAGCCUCUCCCUUCAGGGCUGGAGGAAGGAGCUAUUCCUACAGCAGAGGACCUGCAACAGACAGAGCCUUUGACUGAUCCUCGCUCAGCCUUCCCCUGCAGCGGUGGCGAAAGUCAGGUUCUGGCGAGACUCAAACACUAUUUCUGGGACACUGACGCAGUUGCAACUUACAAGGAGACUCGUAAUGGCUUGAUAGGUGUGGAUUAUUCCACUAAAUUUGCACCUUGGCUGGCGAUGGGUUGCAUUUCACCCAGGUAUAUUUAUCAUCAGAUCAAGCAAUACGAGAAGGAGCGAACAGCCAAUCAGAGCACAUACUGGGUCAUUUUUGAACUUUUGUGGAGGGAUUACUUCAAGUUUGUAGGUGUCAAGUACGGAAACAGACUGUUUCAGGUCAAAGGGCUUCAAGACAAAUCGAUUCCAUGGAAAAAGGACAUGAAGCUUUUCAAUGCGUGGAAAGAGGGACAAACAGGAGUGCCCUUUGUGGAUGCCAACAUGAGAGAGUUGGCAAUGACAGGCUUCAUGUCCAACAGGGGGCGACAAAAUGUUGCUAGUUUUCUCACAAAAGACCUGGGCCUGGAUUGGAGGAUGGGAGCGGAGUGGUUUGAGUACCUUCUGAUUGACCAUGAUGUCUGCAGCAACUAUGGCAACUGGCUUUACAGCGCUGGCAUAGGAAAUGACCCCAGAGAAAACAGGAAGUUCAACAUGAUCAAGCAAGGCCUCGACUACGACAGUAAUGGUGACUAUGUACGGCAGUGGGUCCCUGAGCUGCAGGGGAUCAAGGGAGCUGAUGUGCACACGCCUUGGACCCUCAGCACUGCCGCACUGUCGCACGCUCACGUGUCCCUUGGUGAGACAUACCCAAACCCCAUCGUCAUAGCACCAGAAUGGAGCAGACACGUUAACAAGAAACCGAGUGGCACAGGGCCUUCACAGAGAGGAAAGAGAGGUCCACCUCACACUCCCAAACAACAUCGGGACAGAGGCAUAGACUUCUAUUUCUCCAGAAGCAAAAACCUGUGAUCUUCCUGAAAAGCGAACUCUGAACAUGUGACAGAUGCUCAGAGGAUGGACACUUCAGUGAUGCAAACUUGGAAUGUCGCUGUCAAACCUGAGUUGCACACUGAUGUGUUGACUUGAGGAAAUGCAUCGUCCUACCUAACUGGAUACUUGAACUUGACGGAUGUGGCAAUUCUGUAGAAAAAUAGGCCAUAUUACUGGGUUUCCUGUUAGGCUGCUGCAACUGUGAAAGUUACACUGUGGUUUUGACUUUUCCUUCAGUUAAUCAGACCUUGAUCUGAACUUGUUUUCAUCCAGAUUGUUUUUGUUGCAGUUUUCUUAUUUCUCUUUGGAUAUAAGGAUGUUAUUAACUUUCUUUGCCUAUUUGUGGCAGUUAUAAAAAUAAAAUUGCUUGUAUAAAA